AUGAUGGCCGCAACUUUCGCGUCUGUCCCGCGGAAGGACCAGAAGCUAGAGGAAAAGAGAGACAGUUCGACAGACAGGGAGGCCGGUAUCCUCACCACGGAAGAAGUACGCAAACUGGACCGUGCGGUUCGGUGGAAGCGGGAUGUAUUAAUCAUACCAAUUAUGGGAAUCCUAUAUAUGCUGAUGUUCUUGGAUCGGACGAAUAUCGCAAAUGCGCGAAGUCUGGGUAUAGGACAGCCGAACGGGUUGGAAAUGGCCCUGAAUAUGCCAUCCGAUGGAUACAAUACAGCACUGUGGAUCUUCUAUAUUCCUUUCGUACUGGCCGAGGUCCCAGCGAACUUGAUUCUAAAUCUGAACAAGAUACGCCCUGGUAUCUUCCUUGGUGGACAGGUGUUCCUCUUAGGCGUCCUCGGCGUGUGUCAGGGUCUAGCCAGAAGCUAUGGUGGGCUGCUCACAGUCCGUUUUCUGCUAGGUGUCUUCGAGUCCGCUCUUCCGGCCGGUGCGACACUUAUGAUAUCGAUGUACUACACAAGACGCGAGGCAGCUGUGCGCUUUGCCUGGUUUUUCAAUUUCGCUCUCGCUGGGCCGUUCUUCUCGGGACUCCUGGCUUACGCCCUUCGGAAUCUCGACGGCGUCGGAGGUUAUGAGGGCUGGCGGUGGAUAUUUAUCGUCGAAGGGCUAAUGACAUGCUUCAUCUCCGUUAUCGUUGUCUGGCUAUGUCCCAAUUUCCCUCAGGAUGCGCAAUCUUGGUUUUUAUCAACUCAGGAGCGCGAUCAUCUCGUAUAUCUUCUCAAGGAAUCUCGCGGCGCUGAAGCUAAGGGCUCAGCUGUGGACAGUGUUCCUAUCUGGAAGGUCCUUGUUGAUUGGAGAAUCCAUAUUCUAACACUAUGUUUUUUCUGCACCGACGUAACGGCAUCCUCGAUAGCUUCUUUCUCGCCGACAAUUCUCACCGAGUUCGGCUGGAUGGCAACUACCGCACAACUUAUGACGAUGCCUGUAUGGGCAACUGGUAUCGUCUCUACUUUUGUUAUUACCUGGCUUACCUCGCGUCUUGAUAUACGUGUGCCUUUCCUUCUUAUUUGUAUUUGCUCACAGGCUAUCGGAUGGAGUAUCAUGGUAGCUUAUGUUCCAGAAGCCGGGGUGCGAUAUCUCGCGCUUUUCUUCAUGGCGGCGGGAACUUUCCCGCAGAUGUCUAUCUUAAUGGGAUGGCUGAGUGCCAACUUGCGCGGCCGCAAGUAUCUUGCCGUCGGUAUGGCCUGGAUGUCCGGGUUUGGCAACUGUGCCAAUUUCAUCAGCUCAAAUGUCUUUAUCACUACUGAGAGCCCGCGGUAUCCCACCGGUUUUUCCACAGGGCUCGCCUUCACGGUAUUAGGUUUCGUGCUAACAUGUGCCGCGUUUGCACUGUUGAUACAUAGCAAUAGGAGGCGGGAUGAAACUCGAGAACAGAUGACGGACGACCAGCGCCAGAACUACGACGAGCUACAUUUCAACUUUGUGUAUUGA